AGGAAGAGGUAUAAAAUCACCAUCCGGGCGCCCCAGAGGACCCAGCGGCGCCAGAGGGGUUUGCUCCGGGCAGCCCCUAGGUAGUUGGGGCGAAGCGGAUGCCUCGUGCUGGGCUUGAGGAGACGGUGCCCUCUCACAGAGGCUUCUGGAGGGGGCCGGUGGUCACUGCUGAGCCCCCUCUCCCGGGAAAGGGUCACCCGGCAAUUUCUGACCAAACACCCAACGUUUGAGUGCAGAAGGCUGUUGCUGAGAGGAGACUUCAGGGACCAGUGGUAGAGCUCAGGGAGAGCUGUGGAGGAUGACUCAGCAGGGAGCUGCUCUGCAGGGUUACAAUAAUGAGCUAGUGAAAUGCAUUGAAGACUUAUGUAUGCAAAAAGAAGAGCUGAACAAACAAAUCCAGCAAGCGGAAGAAGAAAAAAAUAAACUCCAGCAUGAAAUCCAAGUCCUGAGUGAGAAACUGGAGUGCGUAUGUGAAAACCUAGCCCAAAAGGUAGCCUCACGGAACGAGCUUGACAAAAUUCUUGCUGAAACUGAAGCUGCUUACAUGAAGAUUUUGGAUAGUUCUAGAACUUUACUUAAUGUCCUGAAGAAGGAAGUGGGAAGCUUAAAGAGUUCGCCAGAACUGAAAAGCCAUGUAACCUGAAACUGUCAAAUGUUUGGACUCCAUAGUUCUGAAAUUCCACUAGGUGAGAAAUGUGGUUAGCCACAGAAGCCUCCGACAACAGUAUAAGCGGAAAGGGGCUCUCUUCCAACUUUUCUAUAUGUUUUUCUUGUUUUUUUUAAUAUAUCAGAAAUUCUGUAGAGCCUAGAUGAAAUAAAGUUUUUGUUU